CACUGCCGUGAGCACGCCCCGCCGCCGCCGCCGCUUUCUGCCUCUGGCCCUGGCGCCCUUCCCGCCCCCUUCGCCUUCCCUGUUGCUACGUGUCGGGGGAGAAAGAAAUAUUUCAGUCAGGAUGGCUAAAGGUGACCCCAAGAAGCCCAAGGGCAAGAUGUCUGCUUACGCCUUCUUUGUGCAGACUUGCAGAGAGGAACACAAGAAGAAAAACCCAGAGGUCCCUGUCAACUUCGCAGAAUUUUCCAAGAAGUGCUCUGAGAGGUGGAAGACAAUGUCUGGGAAAGAAAAGUCUAAAUUUGAUGAAAUGGCGAAGGCGGAUAAAGUACGUUAUGAUCGGGAAAUGAAGGAUUAUGGACCAGCUAAGGGCGGCAAGAAGAAAAAGGACCCCAAUGCCCCUAAAAGACCACCGUCUGGAUUCUUCCUCUUCUGUUCAGAAUUCCGCCCCAAGAUCAAAUCCACAAACCCUGGAAUCUCUAUUGGCGAUGUGGCCAAAAAGCUGGGGGAAAUGUGGAAUAACCUAAGCGACAGUGAAAAGCAGCCGUACAUCACCAAGGCGGCAAAGCUCAAGGAGAAGUACGAAAAGGAUGUUGCCGACUAUAAAUCUAAAGGAAAGUUCGAUGGUGCAAAGGGUCCUGCGAAAGUUGCCCGGAAAAAGGUGGAAGAGGAAGACGAAGAGGACGAGGAGGAAGAGGAGGAGGAGGAGGAGGAGGAAGAUGAAUAAAAAACUGUUGUUCUGUCUCCUUGUGAAUACCUUAGAGUAGGGGAGCGCCGGGACUGGCACGCCUCUCAUUGGAGACGUGUCUAUUGCCCUCAUUAGGUUUAAUUAACGAGAAUUUGAUCUGAUCAUAUUGUAGUUUCUCAAAGUGCUCUAGAAAUUGUCAGUGGUUUACAUGACGUGGCCAUGGGUGUCUGGAGCACCCUGAAACUGUAUCAAAGUUGUACAUAUUUCCAAACAUUUUUAAAAGGAAAAGGCACUCGCGUGUUCUCCUCACUCUGUGCACUUUGCUGUUGGUGUGACAAGGCAUUUCAAGAUGUUUCCGGCAUUUUCAUUUACUUUGUAAGGUGGUGUUAACUCUCUGGUUGUGGGCUAGAGCUCCUGAGUUACCGACUGUACAUAUCUAUAGUUUGUAAAAAGAGCAAAACAACUGAGACAAACUCCCGAUGCUCCUUGCAUGGCACUGAGGCUGUGGGGCAGGUGCCUGUGUGGGGCCGAAGCUCAGGGCGUGCACUGCGAGGCUGGACCCGUUGACACUGCAGUGGGCAUCCAUUUCGCUUCAGGUUGUCUUGUUUUUGUAUAUAGUGACAUAGCAUUCUGCUGCCAUUCGUAGCUGUGGAAAAAAAGGGGGGUCAGCUGGCAUGAGAAGGGUUGGGUUUUGUUGUUUUGUUUUGUUUUUGUUUUUUUAGUUAAGUGCAGUAGUUUUUCAACUGUUUGUUUUUUUUUAAACAAACUGUAGAACUCUUCAGUGUCAGCAAAGCGAAGAGCCACCGCCAUCGAUGGAAGUUCAAGAACCUUCUGUACUUAAAAGACUUUGCAAUGUUCUGUUAUUUUUUUUGUAUGUUUAGAAUGCUCAAAUGUUUUUGAAGUUAAAUAAACAA